UCUCUACCAAUGGCGGCGGUGGUUACCAUAGCAGCGGCGUGGCGGCGCUAGCCAAUGGGAAGGGGCGGCAUUGGACAGAAGGGCUGUCAGGCCUGGAGCCGCCCGGAGGCAGCGGCCGCCGGGAUGGCCUCCGGCUUUAAGAAGCCGCCGCUGGCAGCCGCGGCCCAGCGCAAGAAGGCGAGCCCCAAGCUGGAGCUGACGGAGGAGCAGAGGCAGGAGGUCCGCGAGGCCUUCGACCUCUUCGACGCGGACGGCGCUGGGAACAUAGACGUCAAGGAGCUGAAGGUGGCCAUGAGAGCACUAGGGUUUGAACCUAAAAAAGAAGAGAUCAAGAAAAUGAUAUCAGAUAUCGAUAAGGAAGGAACCGGAAAAAUCAGUUUCAAUGACUUCUUGGCAGUGAUGACACAGAAAAUGGCUGAAAAAGAUUCCAAAGAGGAGAUUCUCAAAGCUUUCAAACUCUUUGAUGAUGAUGAAACUGGCAAAAUAUCUUUCAAAAACCUCAAACGUGUAGCCAAAGAGCUGGGCGAAAAUCUCACAGAUGAAGAGCUGCAGGAAAUGAUUGAUGAAGCUGAUAGAGAUGGGGAUGGAGAAGUGAACGAGCAAGAAUUCUUGAGGAUCAUGAAGAAGACCAGCCUUUACUGAAACUGAAUUUUAUUUAUUUUUGCACAUGUGUGUAUAUGUUUGGUAGGUGCCUCAUUUUUUUUUUUUUUUUCCAGCCUUUUAUUUCUUUUGAGAGACCAAAAAAGUUGGCUCAAUACUUUCUUGUAAGUGGAUGGUCUUAAACUUCUAUUUGUGAACAGUUACCAACUGCUAAUCUGUUUACAUGUCGCAACGUAGUUGCUUGUUUGUGCUCCUAAGAUGUUUACACUGUUCAUUUUUGAUACACAAAUCACAUUUUUCAGUGAUAGUAUUCAGUUCCUUAUCUGACUAAAAACCACGUGUCACAUGAUUUAUUCGGUACAGAGAAGACUCGAAACCAGAAAGUGUAAAGCUGUAUUUAGCAGCAGUUGAAGUUUCUGGUUUAAUGCCUUGGUUUAGGCCCAGUUACAGUGAGCUCUUUAUAUGACACAUUUAUGGGGAUCGACUUUUUUUUUUUUUUACUUUGUUUUAUGGUGAUUAUUCCCUCCCCCUUUUUUAGAAUGCCCUUUAAACUGAAAAAGUAAGUAAAUAGACUGCUGCAACUUAACUUACUGCUAUUCAGUUCACAUAUUUAAAAAAAUCUUUUUGCAAAAGAGGAAUGUUACCAAUGCUGAUGAUCUGUAUGUUUGCAGGAAUAUUCAGUGGCUGCAAAUAUAAGAUUUUCCUUAAAAUAAAGUGUCUUAUUUUAAGCCAUCAGAGUUGUGGAAAGAAAUAUACAAAGACACAACUUCGCUGGUACAACAUUCACUCUGAUGUAUGGGCAAGUAACAAAAUGAUUCUUAAAGGUACUCAAAGAGUUUCAACUUCUAAGUCUUCAGAAGGGCCCUAGUUACUAAACACUUGUCUACAGAGACAAACUACACUCUGUUCUGUCUUUGAAGUGGCAUUUAAGGUAAGAGCAUAAUUAAAGGAUGGCUCCUGCCUUGUGUUGGAAGAAAACAAGCUCCCAUGCCCUUCUGCUACUUCUGUUUGUUAAAGAUACCAGUACUUCCUCUGGUGCCUUUCGUCCUCACUCUCAGACAAGGGAAGGAUGGAUUCUUCCUCUGUAGAAAUGUGAACAUCUUUCUGACUCAAAAUCCAAUUUAUUCCUUUGCUUUUCAGUCAGCAUCUGCCCUUUUCCAAGUGCUGAACAUUCAGCUUACCUCCACAGUUCAUAAAUGUGUGGGGGGGAAAAAAAUCGAAGGCUGAACUCAGCAUGAAAAUAAACGAUAAUUGAAUUUGGCUUA